UCAUUUCUUCUUUACACUUAUUUUUUCUUGACGAACUGACUCAAGAACAUCUCAAGAUGGAGUGCUUUGGAACCAAUGCUACGCAUAACCAACCCCUGAAAUCUCACAAAUAUUUCUUAGGAGCCCAGAUUUUGCUUAGAAUAUUGGGCAUUAUAUUCACACUGGCUGCCACGUGGACCAUUCUUACCAGCAAGCAUACUACUGUUAGUGUGUUUGACAUUCAGAUAAAUGCUAACAUAAGCUAUCCUCCAAGUUUGAAGUUUUUUGCCUAUGCAAAUAUCAUUGGAUGCGGCUUCUCUGUUCUCUCCCUGUGUAUCGCUUUCAUCCUUGGCCAUAAAGUUCUUGACCCAAAAAACUUCAUUUACAUGUUCAUUCAUGAUUUGAUUGUAAUGGGAUUAUUGCUGGCUGGAUGUGCAGCAGCAACAUCAAUUGGAUUUGUGGGGAAAUAUGGAGUUAGGCAGGCUGGGUGGAUGCCCAUUUGUGAUCAUGUUUCCAAAUUCUGUCACAGAGUUGCAGAUAGUGUCAUGCUCUCCUACUUGGGCGUUUUCUUCUACUUCUGCCUUUCUAUCAUCUCUGCAAAUCGAUCUAGACAUAUUCAAGUUUGAAAAACAAUUAGGAGCAAUAUAUUCUAAGAAAUUUCAUUCUGCGUCAAUAUAUCACUAAGUAAAAGAAAUUAUGCAGACUACAGCUACUACUGUAAAAAAAAAAAAAAAAAAAAAAAAAAAAAAAAAAAAAAAAAAAAAAAAAAAUAAUAUUAUCAGUACAUCAAACAAAACCAGCAAAAGUUUUAAUUUUGGUAGAAUCAUAAAUUGCUUGAAAUUACUGCGUUAUUCAGAGAAGUUACUUACUAUUAUCUUGUUCAGCUAUGCAUAUGUACAUUUGGCUUUGUUAAGUUAUUGGAUUCUUUCAAA